CACACCAAAAUAAGAAUACCACGACUGUUCAGAAUGGUGAAUCAAUGAGUGUAUUGAGGUUACUUAUAGUAACAGAGACGACUCAAAAACAGCUGGAUCACUGAAAGCCCAACCCAGCACAGGAUUCAAUGGUCCCAAUUUAAAGGCUAUUUCAUUUUCAAACUGGAGAAGGUAAUGGAUGAUUUCAGAACUUCAGCUCCUGAACCAAGAGGUCCUCCCAAUCCUAAUGUUGAAUAUAUUCCCUUUGAUGAAAUGAAGGAAAGAAUACUGAAAAUUGUCACUGGAUUUAAUGGUAUCCCUUUUACUAUCCAGCGACUAUGUGAAUUGCUAACAGAUCCAAGAAGAAACUAUACAGGAACAGACAAAUUUCUCAGAGGCGUAGAAAAGAAUGUGAUGGUUGUUAGCUGUGUUUGUCCUUCCUCAGAGAAGAAUAGUUCCAAUAGUUUAAGUCGAAUGAAUGGUGUUAUGUUUCCUGGAAACUCACCAAGCUAUACUGACAGUGACUCUCCAACAUCUGAAUCAGAAGUUUCCUCACUGAGCCCUAUUAAAAAUAAACAUCCAGAUGAAGAUGCAGUGGAAGCUGAGGAACAUGAGGUAAAAAGACUGAGGUUUGACAAAGAAGGUGAAGUCAGAGAGACAGCCAGCCAAACACCAUCCACUGAGAGUUCUUUAGUCACAACAGAAGACACCGAAACACCAUCUUCAUCUCAGGCUAAGGACAUAGAAAGUCACACCAGGCAGCACUGUGCAGAAGAGGAGGAAGAGGAGGAGGAAGAGGAAGAAGAGUCUUUUAUGACAUCAAGAGAAAUGAUCCCAGAAAGAAAAAAUCAAGAAAAAGAAUCUGAUGAUGCCUUAACUGUGAAUGAAGAAACUGUGGAGGAGACUAAUCAAAUGGAGGAGUCUGACGUGUCUCAGGAUGAGAAGGAUUCCCAUUCAGAAAGGAGUGAAAGUACAGGCGCUGUGAGUAGUGGUUCUGACUGCCAUGAGACAGAAGAGUCAGGAGGGUCCACUUCCAGUAAAACUGGGGAGAUUCCCUCAGAGUCAUCCAUGGAAAAUGAUGAAGCCACGGAAGCCACAGACGAACCAAUGGAGCAAGACUAACUACUUAGAAAUAUUAGAGGCAGUAUUUUACAUACAGUUCUGGUUUUACACUGUAUAAAACUUUUAAGUAAUAAAAUGGACCUUUAGUUUUACAAGAGAAGCAGGUUGUAAAAUACAGUACCUUAAGAAUAAAUCCUGAAAGAGUUGUCCAUGUGAGAACUGUGAAUAUCAGCCCCUCUGGGUCCUGCUUAUUGCUGACUGUUUUGUUUUGGUUUUUGUUUUUUCUGGUCUGCUCAAAUCAGUGGUUUGUGUAUAGAUUUUUUUUUUUUUUAAUUUAGAAUUAAAGUUUUUAAACUGGAAGGUAAUUAUAAUUUUGAAAACUUUUUAAAGAUCACAUUUGGUUUAUACAUAUGCAAGAAAGAUUUUUGUCUUGUCUCUUUCUGACAGCUCUAGCAGUUUUCAUAUUUUGGUCAUAGUUUCAACAUUUUAACAUGUGAAUUAUAGGGUUUCAUGUGGUUUCCAGAUUUUGUUUGACUAUGUACAAUGGAACUUUAAGUCAUAUAUACAUAUAUAUAUUAUUCUAAGGGGGGGAAAUGUUAUAUUUUUCUGUUUCUAUAAGAGAUGAAUACAGUGGAUACUUUUUCUAUCGGUAAUGAUUGCAUUCACUUCUUUCAGAAGACAUUUUCUUUCUCUUCUGAGCAAUUCAGAUAAAAUCUGGCCCCAGUGAAACCCUGGAAAUCUUUUAAGUCUGUUGAAAUACCAGGUUAAACACAUUCCAAGAGAUCUGUGCACUCUAAAAUUCUUUUGUAUACUUCUACGGUGCCUGAGAAAAAAAGAGACUUCAUUAUUUAUGAGAAAAUGUGCUUUAUCUUGGGAAUUGUGUUUAAACAUUAGCUUACUGUUUUGUAAAAUGAAUGCUUAUGAAGCUGACACAAGACCAUCUCAGAAGAACCAGGCAGGUUCCUUCACGUUUUGCUUGCUUUUCUGAACGUUGUGAAUAUUACACCUUUCUUUCUAAAUUAUUCUAGAGUAUGCAAAUGUCAAUGGUAUGAAACACCACUGUACUGGAAGAAUUAAUAUAUUACUUUAGUGAUGUACCUGAGCUAAAAGGACAAGCUUUAGGGGUGCAUAGGAGCCACCAUAAUUUGUAUAACAUUUUAAAGUGAAUUAAAUAUUUUUGAACAUACUUCUUCGACAGCCAGUGUUAUAUUUUUCAGAUCAACACAAAGCACAAUGGUUACUCUAAACUCAAUAUUUUCAAAUUCACAUAUUUAAAGUCAUGCAAGCUGCAGCUUCCCUGUCAGAAUUACUGGCUGCCAAAUUUAUACUUGUUUCUUCAGCUGUACCUUUUGAUAUUUAGAAUUUUUAAAUUUCUGUAAAGUAGAUUUUGUAGACUGUAAUGUGUUCACUGCCUUUGUGAAGCGGUAUAUAAUUGUAUAAUUUUGUGUGUAAACUGAAUGCUUGGGCUUUCAAUACAGUAUUCAUAUAAAGCAAUAAAUAUUAAUGUUAUGAAAUAUUCGAGUACAUUUUUAUCAAAAUACACAAGAAUCCCUUUUUUAGUUUCAGAUACCUGAAGUACAUAGAUGGAUUUAGAAUAACCGAUGCAGACAGUCUCUCAUGUUGUGUCAUAAGCUUUGGGUGAUUUGGAAGGAAACCACGAGGCUUGCAUUUUGACUACUUAAAUUACUAUGACUUUAAAAGUAUCAAAAUGAUUUGGCUCCGUUUGUUUGCAGAGUAAUAUACUACUGACUGACGUCAUUCAGGUUCACGUUAGCUAGAUAGAUAUCCGUGAAUAUAUCUAAUGAAAAUUGAUUAUUGAUUUACUGCACCCAAGAGGGUUAAAAAUCAAAUAUUUUAAGUUUUAAAAAUUGGCAAAAAAUGUUAAAGCAAAUUUUAACUGUGAUGUCUUAGUGACUUAUUAUAUUAUUUUGUUGGGGGAUUUUGCCAAUGAGAGCAGAUUUUAAGCAGUUUAGGUUUAGAAUUUUGAAAUUUUCCUUAGAGUAUUUAUGAAGAUUGUUGUCAAUAAACCUAUUCUUUAAGCUCCUGUGACCUUUGAUAGUCUUUAUUUGUAAAGCCAUGGACCAUUUGUAAACAAAUCAGUUUACUUGUGUUGGCUAUAAGUUGAAGAUUUAGCAUCAUGACUUGGAGGUCUCUGGUUUUAUUUGUAAACUUGCAAUUGCUAUUUUUGCAAGGGCAAAUGUAUUUCUUUAUUAAAUAAAGUACAAUAAUGGUGAAUGUACCACAAUGACAUCACUUAACUCUAUGAGAGCUGCAUUUUAAUCUAUAGUUUAAUAGUUUUAAUAUUUAUUAGCUAUUCAUAUGUUGAUCUUAGAUCAAAGUUGUUGCUGUGUAUACAGAUAAAUGUAGAAUGCCGAUGGAAUAUCUUUAGGAUAGGUGGGAUACUUCCACAGUUAAACGGGGAGACCUUGUUCAGCUGAUAGAUACUGGUGGCCACAAGUAUGCAUAGAUGCACUUAACAGACUUUUCUCAAUAAAAAUGUCAGUUCUAAUAGUGAUAGUAAUUUAUGAAUGUUUAGGCACAUUUCCUUAACAUGACAAGCAAAGAUCUAUUAAAAUAUCAAAAGGGAGACUCAAGACUUUAGUGAUUGAAGAUAGCUUGUUCUUUGAUAUUAAAGAGAAUUAUUUACCUGUUACUCUAGUCCCUGACCCUUACAUGUAAAAAGAAUUUGAUGAUACCAAUGAAGAAACAAUAUACAUAUAAUACGUUUUUUUCAGUCGCCUCCUUUAAAAAGUGAAAAUAAUCUUGGUUUUUGAAAAAAUUUACCUUUUGAAAAUGUAGCAGAACAGAAUAAGUAGUGAAAAUGUCAUAUUUUAAAUGCUGGUUAUCAAUUUAAUCUUAGUGUUUAUCAUGACUUACAGCCUUUGACCUGUGUGGCCAGAGCAAUGGAAUUGCUAGUCAGGGAGUCAUAACCAUUUGGCUUUGGAAAGGUAUCCCAGAGAUCCUGGGUCAGAAAGUGUGGCCUGUCAACCGCAUUGAGGUCCAGAAUGUUUUAUUUUGCUGGUGUAGAUAGGCAUGUAUUUAUGCAUUUGUAAAAUCAGCAAUUUUUCAAAUACUGUAAAUGUAAUAUACUAGUUUACUUAAAGGUACUUGGGCAGAGCCUAAAGCUGCUGCAAUGUUUAUGAAAACUGUAAUGUGGUAAAGAUGGAAAUGCAGCCUGUAGAACCAAAGCAAAUAAUUUUGGGUAGUGUUUCAAACUGUCUUCUGAGCAGGAGUUUCUUAGAUAUAUUGGUUUUGACAAAAUGAAGGUCAGUUUUUGAGGUUUGUGCUAAUCAUAAGAUGAAUGAAUGCGAAACACCUUGUAAUUUCGUAUGGAAUUAUUAAAAUUAGCUUUACUGGGUUAUUGGCCUGAUAAGGAUGCUAGUAUGUAUUGGUUAGAAUACAUUUAUU